UCGCGAGCGCCACAGUCAGAGUUUCUCGCGCAUGCGUGCAGUGCUGAUGACGCUGUGUUAGCCAACUGUUUUAAUUUUGAAACUACAAUUAGUUUAAGCCUUUCUUUACAUUUUUUUGCGUGAAAAUAGCAUUUUGUGGUUUUCUUUAAUUCACCAUGUUGCAGUUUUUGGCUGGCUUCACGUUGGGGAAUAUUGUGGGGAUGUACCUCGCUCAAAAUUAUGAAGUUCCCAACAUAGCCAAGAAAAUUGAAGCUUUUAAGAAGGAUGUGGAGGCCAAGAAGAAGCCACCGGCUGAGUGAGCGAAGUGAGACGAUGUUACAAGAUCAAGCUGAGCAGUUUCAACAAGGUUCACAUGGUCAAAACAGAAUAUUUAAACGUAUGAAUAUAUAAACAGUGCUUGAAAAAGUGAUUGUGUCUUUAGUUUGAAAGUAUUUUAACAGGUCAGUUGUGCAAAAAAACUGGAUUUAAAUUAUAAUGGGGUCCGUGUGAGUCCAGUUUUGUGGUACAGUGUUUCCAUUUUUUAUUAUACAAAGUGGAAUGAUCUCAGUGUAUAAUAUUCUCUCAUGUUCUUGGAAAUGUACUGACGUGUGAGAAAAUACUUUUUGCAGCAUUCCAACUUGUAACCACCAAAGUCUUUGUCAUACUGGCAAACAAUUCAGACUUUCAGCUUGCAGUAAAAGUUGCAGGUAAUGAAAUACAAGAUCUUCGCUGCACUGACCUUGUCAGGCUUUAUUGGCACAUUUUCCCAGCUUGCAAUGAAAAUUGCUGACAAAUGUGUGUUUGAGCUAUCAGCACAUGUAUCUUCAGGUGACAAAACAUUUCUGCUUUGUCAGAAUUUAUCUACUUCAUUGUUUUCUCCUUUUUUCCUUUGUGCUCGACCACCCAAAACCAGUUAACUCUAGACAGUCUGCUGCAUUAUGGCAAGUGUAGUAGAGAUUCUCCAUGGCUGCAGGAGUGAGGAAGUCCACCUCCUCCUUGCAUUCAGUGGGAGAUGAUGACUUCUUUGAUGUUUUUGGUUUCCUGGUGGACUUGGAACGCUUGGAUUUCUUGCUGGGCUUUGAAUAAAUGAAAUUUUAUUACCA